UGGGGUUCAUCUCUUCCCGUUCCCACUUCUCAGCCACUUCACAGGCUGUUUUCUAACUACCUCUGCACUAUAAUUCAUACAACUGCUCUUGGUCAAGGUCAGAGGACAGCAAACGUUUCCAUUCAAUGGCUGCAAAAUCUGUCACUACUAUUCUACUGUGUUAUUGUGCUCAAAGUCAGACAGAUUAUGAUUGCCGGUCUUCUUGGAGUCUUCCUAACUCCAUCUCUUGCUACUGAUAAUGUGAAUGAAAACAAUCAGGGAAACAAAGGUGGAAAUUCACACCAGACUGUGAGCAUCAACAAUGAUAAGCACGUGGCCAACAUUGACACAAACAAUGGCUGGAACUCAUGGAAUUCUGUUUGGGACUAUGGCAAUGGCUUCAUGGCAACCAGGGUAUUUUCCAAGAAAUCUUGCAUCAUUGCUAAAAUGAACAAAAAUAUCAUGCCUGAUAUUGCAGUCAUUCCCAAACUGAUUAGCGAAAGGAAGAAGACCGGAGCUCAAGGGCCUCCUCCGAAGGAACUGAGAUUCAUUGUCUCAAAGACCAGAGUCCCUGAUCUGACCCCUUAUGGAAAGAACAUUGAAGCUUUGUGCAGAGGACUUCCUACCUACGUGGCUCAUGAGGCUGAGAAAGCGAAAGGAGCAAACUACGUCUCUCUAACCUGUGCUGAUGCUAGCAUCCUGUGGGUUAUUAAUAUUCACUUCUGUGACAUUUCAUUCAAGUAGUAAAUUCUUCACUGCUUGGAAAUGGUCUGACAAUGUGUCCACUGAUCAGUUCUGUCAUUAUUCUUCCCGUGACACUCCAUUUUCUAGAUGUUUUGUCUUUGUCUUCCCUUUAUGCUUCUUGUGUAGAAAA